AUCCGGUUACCGCCAUUUUAGAGUGUUAUCUACUCGGCGUGUUUGUCUCCACUCUCUCGAAUGGUUCGCUAAUUUCUUUGUAAAUCUCGCUGGUAACCGUUUUAUUUCUUCCAUAACAGACUGCUGUAGAGUUAGUGAUUCAAGAUGAGCUACGGCAGACCACCGCCCGACGUCGAGGGCAUGACAUCUUUAAAAGUCGACAAUCUGACAUACCGCACGUCUCCUGAAACGCUGCGGCGGGUUUUCGAGAAAUACGGCCGAGUCGGAGACGUCUACAUCCCAAGAGACCGGUACACAAAAGAGAGCCGCGGAUUCGCCUUUGUCCGUUUCCAUGAUAAGCGGGACGCGGAGGACGCGAUGGAUGCCAUGGACGGCGCAUUGCUGGACGGGCGCGAGCUGCGCGUGCAGAUGGCGCGAUAUGGGCGCCCGCCAGACGCGCACUACAGCCGCCGCGGAGCCCCGCCGAGGAGAUACGGGGGAUAUGGACGGAGAAGUCGAAGCCGUAGUCCUCGGCGCAGGAAGCACAGCAGGUCCAGAUCCAGAAGCAGGAGCCGGUCUCGUUCCCGAAGCAGGUCCCGCUACAGCCGAUCCAGAUCCCGGUCUUACUCUCGUUCCCGGUCUCGGUCCCGAUCCCGCUCCAAAACCCGCACCCCUCGCAGAAGCAAGUCAAAAUCACCUUCCAGGUCCCGCUCAAGGUCCAAGUCCAAAUCUCACUCCAGGAGCCGCACCCCCAGAUCGAACAAAGGAUCCAAAUCCAGGUCCAGAUCAAGAAGCAGACCCAAGUCUCCAGAGGCUACUGAUGACGCUGCUGUUGAAUCGUGAAAUAUGAUGACUGGUUGAAUCUUCAAGGAUCGCAGUGAACAGAUGUCCGUCUGAGGAUACCCAAAUUAUCCAUAUAUCAGACCGAAAGGUUAUUGUAAUUUGGUCUACAUCUUUUUAAAUGAUUUUGUUUCUCCUCUUUUGCCCACAUUUUUGUAUCAAACACAUUUCAUGUGAUAUUAAAUGAUCUUUAUGCCUAAUUGGGGAUAUUAGGUGAAAUCAUUUCUCUUCAUUUUGGUAGUUUGCUUAUUUGUUUUCCCCUUCCCUACUUCAUGUUAUUGAACCUCACAGACUUUAACGUAAGUUCAUUUUAAUUAGUUUUUUUGUUCUUAAUAAACAAUUAUUAAUGGACAGUUUUGGAUGUUGUGCUUUUUCUCCUUAUUUUGACUUAAAAGGACUGGGUAAAGACUGUAAAUUGGCCUCUUUAAGAAUCUUACAAUGUAAAACCAUGACAUCAUUAUUGCCAACAGAGCAGGUCUUGUGUUAUGGUUUAAAUGGGCAAACUUCACAGCCACAUGUCUCUAAUGUUCUCUCUUGUGUAUUUUCUAUGCACUAGGCGCAGUUGCGUAGCAGUUGAGUUUUGCUGGUUAGCUGUUAAGGUGGCGUGUUGCGGUGCAGAGUGCUUGGCUGUUUCCAGUAUUCUCCUGAUUGCUCCUGUGUAACGCCCCGAUUUGUUUAAAUUUGGCUGCUGCGUUUUUAUUUGCAGAAACAUCUUGUGCAAGUCUUUUUAUGAAUAUUCAUAAUGCAGAUGUCUGAGCUUAACUCAUAUCCACAAUAGUUCCAUCAUUCAACAUGCUCAAUUUGUAGUAAUUUCCAUGUGAGUGGUAAUAAAGGUUUCCUUUGUGUAUACCUAAUUCUUUACUGGUCUGUCAGUGUCUCUUAUGAUGUUUGAUGUAAACGCGCAAAUUAAAAGCCUCCAUAACUGGAAAUAAAUUGUAUGUUGAUACAAA